AUGGCUACCUCAAUCGCCGGCGACAAAGCCACUUUGGCGGCCAACGACCCCUUUGUGACGAACCCUUCUGGCCCUGCCCACCUCCGAUUUUCCGCGUUCGACACGAAUCUCUUCGCCCUUGGCCCAGGGGCCUCUGCCGAGCAGGCGAAGCGCGCGUUGGAGGCCCAUCUCGCCGAUACCGAACGACGCAUGGAGGAAGCCGGAAAACUGGGCACAUCGCUAGUACAGCAACGGAAAGAGCUCACCGACCGGCUUAAGGAAGUCGAGCAGCUCCAGGCCGACGGCGAAUUGACGCCCGAUCUUCGACAGAGGCUUUCCGAGAUCGAGAAGGAUUACAAUGAAGUGGCGCGGGAGAGUGCUCGCGCAUUUCUACCCAAGCAGAGGGUGCCAAGCAAUGAAGCAGCUGCUGGCUCUCCAUUCGCUCCAGAGGGGAAAGGUGGCAAGCGCUCCGUGAGUCCAUCCAAGUUCGAAAGCCAAGCGACUGGAUCUCCGACAAAAUUCAGCGUCCCAAACCGAAAGCUGCGGAACCAACCUGCCAACCGGGUACAUGACAUCGAAUUCGCUGCCGAGAUCAGCACUUCCUUGAUCUCUCAAGUGCGAAACCUGCAGUCACUGCUCGCAGAGAGGGAGGAGGAACUGAGGGAGACCAAGACGGAAAGGUCCCGACUGGAGAUCGAAGCCGAAGGGAUCCAGCAACGUCUGAAGACACUCGAUGAGAGCGAACACCGGUACAAGGACGAGAACUGGAAUCUCGAGACGCAAAUCCACGAGUUGAUUGCAGCUCAAAAGGAUGCCGCGGACCGCGAGAAGAAGUUGACCCAGAUACUCAACGUCCUUCAGGCGGAGAAGAACUCGACUCAGAGGGAGCUGGACGAAGUCAAGCUGAACUUGGCGAAGCUGGACGAGAAGCACACCGCCUCUGUCAAGCACCACGACAUCGAAAUGGGCACGUUGAAGCGGAAGGAAAUAAUGGCCGAGGGUGAAAAAGCCGCCAUGCAGCGGAAGAUUGAGGACUUGACGAGCCAGAACCAAGAGCUGGCCAAGGCCUUCUCGGCGCAACGCGGGCGCGCCUUGGAACGAGAAGCCGCGCUAGGGAUGAGUGACGAAGACUUCGAGACGGGCCAAGAAGCCCUUACCCCGGAACACUCGCCCCCUCCGUCGCCCGUGAAAGGCACCCCGCGACACUCGGUGCUCGAGACUGAAACCUUGAAGACCUCUCUGCAGCAUGCGCAGCGGACAAUCCAGAGCUUGAGAACCAACGUCCACCGAGAGAAGACAGAGAAGCUGGAGCUCAAGCGCAUGUUACAGGAGGCCCGUGACGAACUUGAGAAGACGAGGAAUGACCCCGGCAUGUCUAACAAGCGGAGUCGGAAGGUGGAUUCGAGGGAAUUUAGGAAGCCCCCGAGAUUGGGCCAGCUUGGAGGAGCGCGCUCAAGCAGGAGCGAGAUCUACCUUGAUGAACCGGACUGGGAGGAUCAAGGCGACGCCGGAAGUCAACACUCCUCUGCAAUCACCAGUCCCAUAUCCCGCAUCGCAGGGGAUAUCGUCCCGAUCACGGAAUCUGGAAGUGAUCAUUUUGAGACUGCCAAUGACACAAGCGAUGCUGCCUUUGAGACGGCCCAUGAGCGUGGCACCGAAACCGAAGAUUUCCACACUGGCGCAGAGGAGUUCUCCGAUGAUGACGAUGCUGCAACGGAGACCGAGGCCAGCCCCUCCAAGGGGAGCGGCAGAACAAGACGGCCGCCAAUGAUGUCUCUAGGCCAGGCCGGUAAUCGGUACUCGUUCCACAGCACAGCAUCCACGUCAAACGAUGAGGAGGAUUACACCUUCGCCUCGGAGCUCAAGACCCCGACGGCCCUCCCGCCUCAAAGGAUGCGGCUCCGCGUCAGCCGUGGCGCUCUGAGCCGCCGGUCUCGUCUCCCGAGCGAAGAGCCCAUGCUGCAGAGCAGCCCGGUGAGCUUCACCAGAAGCCCAUCGGGGACUCCGCAGCCACCUAGCCAGAGCCUCUUUGCCGAGCUUGGUGAGUUCGAGGGUAGCGAUGACGAGUCGUACGUGGGAGGUGUCACCCCGAGUCGAAGAAGCCUCCGAUCUCUUACGCCGGGCAGCACUCGUGGCUGGACCGCUUCCCCCCCGCCUCAGGUGCCUGCCUUGCCAAAGACCAUCAUGGUGGAUAGUGGCAUGAUGACUGAGCCUGUUGAUGUCUAUCCUGCCACUACUCUCGACGAUGGUGCACCGGCAGGGCCCUCCCGGCCUUCCAUGGUCGAGAGCGGGGUGAUGACCGAGGAAACGGCCGCCGAGCUCCCUCUCCUAUCUCCCCAAAGCGUCAUCUUCCAGGGAAGGCCGACGACGAUGGAAUCGGUCCUUGGACCUGCAAAGUCUCACGCUUCUACCCAAUGGCUGGGAGACGACUUUACCGACGAGGAGCAAUCAAGACCAUUGUCGACCGCUUACAGCGAUGCCAGCGCGCAACACGACCCUGACAUGGAGGCUAAAUUGGCGCAGUUCCCUUCGCCGCCAACUUCACCGUUCAAGCUUGGACAGAUUCCGACGCCUCUCCUUGCACCUCCGGAGCGCCUCAGCAUGUCGGAAAUCCAAGCCGAGCACAUCGAACCCCAUGCCGAACCUGAGAUUCGUCCCCCGACUCCGCCAACAUUCAGUAUCUCUUCCAUGCUCUCGGAGGAAGUAGCACCCGUCGCUGCUGUGGCACCCGUCCUGGCAAUGUCCUCGCUUGUGUUUGAGCACGUUGAACCGCUUGUUCGCGAGAUUUCGCCUGCCACUCCACCAAGGCUCGGUCUGUCGUCUAUCAUUUCCGAAGACAUGGAGCCAAUCGCGGCAGUUGAGCCCCCGCCGCCGACACCCCCAAUCCUGUCAGUUGCUAGUAUUCGCGCUGAAGAGGUCAAGCCAUUGGCCGAGCAACCCGCUGAGCGUGACCUAAUUGUUGCCGCGCCGCCAACAGCGGCACCCCCGACUCUGUCCUUGUCGUCCGUUCUUGCGGAACACGUUGAGCCGACCCUCGAGCCCGAGGUCCCUGUUCCUUCACCUGUUGAGCUCUCCUUGUCCGCCAUACAGGCUGAGGCAAUACAUCCCGUUCAGGAGCCGCUUUCCUUCGCCCCCAUCCAGGCUGAGGCAAUAGAGCCCGUCCAAGAACCGCUUGCCUUCUCUGCUAUACAGGCCGAGGUGAUACAACCCAUCAAGGAACCCGAUGUCCCUCUCCCGGCCCUAUCCUUUUCGACUCUUCUGUCACAACAGGUCGAACCAGUUUGUCCGGAAGAACCUCCGUUCGUUCCGCCAGUACUUGGUUUCGCUACCGUACAGUCUGUGGAGAGCGAGCCAGUGGAGCCCCGCAGCCCGAAACGGGACGCCUUCAUCAUUCCCCGAGAUGAUUAUGUUCCUAGUCAAAUGGAAAGCGAACCGCCCAGGACGCCGCCUAGUUCCCGCUUCGGAUCCGUUUUCGGAUUCAACAAGACCAGGGGCGUGUCAAGAGCGGCCGAGAGUCCCAUCAUUGCUGAGGAUGAUACUCGCCAGUCAUUGAAUGGAUCACCAGUGGCGGACACUCCCGAAUCACAACGACCACUCAAGGAACUCUCGGCCAAUACGGAGACCAAGCCGGCGAGGAGAGGAAUUGUCCGAACUACAGACCAGAGCGCGCAAACCUCUCUGACAUCCGAUGCCAUUGAUGAGAUGCUCGGUGCCAAAUAUCGCCCACGCGAUGCCGCUGGCCAUAUGAAGAAAGACUCUCUCACCGGAAGCGUGGACACGCCGGGCACCGUUCGCAGGCAUAGAUCUCGAGAGAGCUUUGAGAGCGUAGUCCGCAAGGGGAUGAUGGUCGACGCAGGAGCUGACGCCUUCCCGGGUAUUGCUCCGGUGCGGAGGCCUGGCAGCUCAGCAAGUGGGCAGGCUUCAUCAAGCUAUUUCCCUCCCCUGCCGGCCAACCACAAGCAAGCCAUCGAGGCGGCUCGAACCGGCUCUUCCAGCGGUGGUCAAGGAACUAUGGGACCGCCGUUGUUCCCCGCGUCGGCGUACAGGAACCCGAACGCGGCUUUCCGUCCGCGAACACCAAGUGGCCCCAAACCGCAAUCGCCUAUCUCGGUCACCUCCGGACGGGGUACGCCGACGCCUCGAGCAGCCAGACUCGGGUCGUCGCACGGGAGAACAGGAGUCCAAUCGCCGUCGAGGCUUACCAAUAUGAGUCGGAGGUCAUCCGUCUCGUCGUUUGUGUCGGAGCUCGAUAGCCGAUUCAAUAUCCAGAGUGAGAUGGGCAUCGCUGGAGCGAGCGAAUUUGGACCAAACACGGACCCGCGCAUGAUACAGGCCAUUACCCAGACCAUGAUUGGCGAGUACCUGUGGAAAUACACGCGUAAAACGGGCCGGGGUGAGAUGUCGGAGAAUAGACAUCGAAGAUAUUUCUGGGUUCACCCGUACACUCGUACGCUGUAUUGGAGCGACCGGGAUCCCUCUAGCGGGGGUCGUUCCGAGUUGAGAGCCAAGAGCGUCCCCAUCGAGGCAGUGCGAGUCGUUACGGACGACAACCCCAUGCCCCCGGGACUGCACCGCAAGAGCCUCAUCGUCGUCUCCCCCGGCCGGACGGUCAAGUUUACGUGCACGACCGGCCAGAGACAUGAGACGUGGUUCAAUGCUCUGUCUUACCUGUUGCUACGAACUGGCGAGGAGGGCCAGAUGGACACACAGGAGAUGAUGGGCAACAUCACCAGGGAGGAUGUCGAUGAGUUCAAUCCGCAAUUCGAUCGACGCCCGGCCAACGGGGCGCGGCCACGCGCUCCUCCCUCCAUGUCGUCGUACAACUCCAGGAUGACACGCAACGAGUCUCCAGCCAUGGGCAUGUCAAUGAACAUCCCGACUCUUACUCCCACCCCCAAGAAAGCGUCCCAGACCCGGCCCUCCUUCGGUACGCUGAGCAGAAUCAGCGGAUACUGGAAGGAUAGCAAGGUCAUGUCUGGGACCUUCUCUAGUCUGAGGAGCCGAAGCGUCAGCGGCCGCAAUCACAUCAACUAUGAGGCCAGCGAAGCGCACGACAGCGCCGAGGACUUGAGGCUGAUGAUUGAGAGGCAAGACCGAGAGUCUGAUAGGUUGGAGAAUGUUCGAGCAUGUUGCGAUGGGAGACAUGAUGUCGGGACCUUGCCUCGUAGCACGAGAAGGGGAGAACAUUCUCACGUACACACCCAUGCUCACCCCGGUACUUCCACUACUCCGACCCCAAUGGGCACCGUUAGGUCCAGGGCUUGA